AUGAAGAGAUUGAGUCGCGUCAGUCACAGCGGCCAUGAUAACCCAGGCCUGGAGCUUACUGAUGCAGUGUGUAACCAGCAGUCAGCUCAACAGCACAUUGCUUCCUCUGCCUCAGUGUUCCGCUCUGGUAGCCAAUGGGCAUCUUAUGCCCGGGGCCGCUGGAAACAGGUUGCCCGCAAAUGCCUGAGGAAAAAACCUUCAGGAGAAACUUUAAGCAGCAAGUACAAGGGCCUUGCCUGGGAAGAGGACACUGUAGAUGGUGCCAACAUAGAGCAGCAGCUGAACAAGUGCCUGCUGGAUCAUUUCAGAGCUCUGGCUGCCAGCAACCAGGACACAGAUGAGGUCGACCUGCAAUACCUUAAUGGAAUCAUAACAGAUGGAGCUGACCCAAAUUCAGCCGACAAAUAUGGUCAGACAGCACUGCAUGAGAUCUCUCGAGCCUGGAAUGUAGACGUGAUGCGAUUCUUUCUGGAGAGAGGAGCAGAUAUCCUGAGGCCUGAUGCAUUUGGGGUAACACCCCUGCAUGUGGCAGUAGCCUUGGACUAUGAUAAUAUGAUUCGGUUUCUGCUAGAAAGAGGAGCUGAUAUUGAGGCAUGCACAUAUAAUGACCUGCAAACACCUUUACACUUUGCUGCUAAGAACGAUGCUACUGGAGCCAUUCAGAUCCUGCUGCAGAAUGGAGCAGACAUCACAGCCCAAGAUUAUAAAAACAGAACUCCGCUACAACUGGCUGUAAACCUAGAUCGGAGCGAAGCUGCACACGUCCUGUUGGAGAUGGGGUCAGAUGCUGGAGUACGAGACUCUGAUGGACAGCUGUGCAUCACUGCCAUGAUUGGCAAGAUGACCCCUGUAGCCAAUCUGGCACUAAAUCAGUUUCAUGUGAAAGACAGAAAGACACGGCAGCAGUUUUUUUACCUUCAUUUGCUGGAACCUGAACCGACAUACAUGGGAAAGCAUGCAGUGAGCCUACAUCUCCGAUUCGGUGCAUGGAUUCUCUUACUGCUUAAUUUCUUCUUCAUCGUUUCCUGGACUACAGUGGCCAUAUCUGUGUCUGUGUCACCAGAAGACGGCAAGCGUUACAUUUUUCCUCAGGAUUGGUGGCGUGUGUUGGUGGUCAUGGUAGCGAUGGGACUGACUGUGUUAGAGGUGUACAGGGAGGUAAUGGAUAUUCUGUGCUCUAGAAAAAAGCUGAGAGACUGGCAGCAGUGGUGUGAAAAAAGACUCAGAGAGGAUCUGGCUUGUACUCACCCCAUGUGGCCUGAGGAGCGUCAUUACUUAGAAGAACAGAUCAAGUUCAUCUCCAAUUUGAAGGGGAGUUAUUUACAAGACCCCUGGAACAUAUUUGAUUGGCUUGUCUACAUAUCGCUGAUAGCGGUUUUGGGCUUGCACUUGUCUGACGUAUACCUGGUCUCUUCUACACUUCGAAAGUAUAGCCUCCGUAUAUUCGCUGUAGCUGUGAUCUUCCUCUGGCUUAGGUUGAUGAAGCACGUGAGGGCAUUUAGGGUUAUGGGUCCCUUCAUUGUCAUGCUGGGCAAGAUAGUGGGUGAUGUGCUGCGCUUUCUUUUCUUAUAUGCAGAGAUCUAUGUGCCGUACGCCUGUGCUUUCUGGAUCAUAUUUGGAGCAGAUGUGCCCAGUAUGCAGACAGUGCCCCAGAUGCUAUAUAGUUUGUACAGGAUAACCCUAGUGGACGAUUAUGAAUUUGAUGCCAUGGUGACUGUAGACUCCAUCAUGGCUCACCUGCUUUGUGGUACUUUUUUGGCCCUGUCUGCUGUCUUAUGUGUGAACCUGAUGAUUGCUCUUCUCUCAGACACCUUCCAAAGAGUAUAUGACAACGCGCUUGCCAAUGCAGUGAUGCAACAAGCAUCGAUCAUCUUGCAGGUAGAGGAGUCCAUGCCUCGUCUGCGACAUUUCUAUGACAAAAUGUACAUCCAUAGAUGCUGUGCUCCACUUGAAGAGGUUUAUUAUGAUGAUAUCAUUACAGACCCACAUCAGCAUAAAGAGAUGAAGAAACUUACCGCAGAGAUCAAGGAAACCUUGGAUGAAUACUUGACCAUUCAAAAAGAGACAGACCUGCUUAUCACAGCCCAAACAGAUGGUUUUAACAGAUCUUAUAGAAGCAAUAGCGUAUCUUCUGAGAAAGGAGAAUAUCUUAGCAGUCUGACCAGACUUGAAAAGGAGCAACAACAGCAGACUAAGGAUCUGCAUGAAUUACAAGGGGAUGUGAGGAAGCUACAGGAAUUACUACUUCAACUGAUUCAGUCAAAGCCUACAUCAUCUAGUGAUGUCCUGCAUACAUCUUGAGCAGAAGCGCUUGGGUACCCUGGAAUGACCUCACACUGGUUUUUAAAGUUGGACAAGGACAAGAGACCACCAGACUCUAAUAAGACACAUUUGAAUCAUCUUAGGAAACAAUAAAAUGUGUCUAAUUUCAGAUCACAUACAAUGUGAUAUCAUCUUAUAUGGAAAACACAAAAAGCCACUCGAUAAAUGUGUAUUAAAACGUAAAUUAUUAUACAAUUAACCUUUAUCAUUACAGUUUUUUUUUUAAUUAU